GCGCAGUAACAACUUCGCCGACGAGCGCGUGAAAUACUUGAAUUCUCCUUUUUGAUUAAAAACAAAUUAAAAUCAAUCUGAAAUCACACAAGUGCCUUAAUCUAUAGAGUAUUUAGCAACGAAUUUACUGCCCAUAAGUACACCACAUCCACAGGAACAAAAGAUACAGAUACGAAUUGUAUAACCAAGCCGAAGCUCAUCGAAUGCGGAAGUGAGCGAAAGCCGGCGGCUUUUUUUAAUAAUUUUUGCAAUUAACGCAAAGGAUAAAAAAAGAUAUAAAGAUAAAGUGCAAACAAAACAAAGGGAAACAAAGAGUGAGAGAAAGUGAUCGAGUGCCUUCAUUUGCAUAUCCUUGCAAAUCGAAAUCAAUUUAAUAACAAAAAGCAAUUGAAUAAUAAGAAAACGUGCCGCAAUGUCUGUUGUUCGCAGUGCCAUGUCAAGCAGAAGUAUUCAAUAAUCAUAAUCCCGAAACCCAAAACCAGAUUCCGAUUUUGAAUCUGAAUCUGAAUUUGAAUCUGAAUCUGAAUCUUUAAAAUUGAUUAAUCACUGUGCCUUGAACUGAUCGUGACUCGUGAGUCAGAGCAGCGCCAUUUAAUUGUCCGCAAAUAUAAGUACGGAGCCCAGUUGCAAAUUGUCGGGUUAAAUAUUGGUAGAAUAUCGGUAGAAUCGGUGGAAUCCCCCCUCCUCUCCCCCGCCAGGCAUCGUUCCCCUGGCCAGCAGCAGUCGAGUGAAGCUUCAUGCGAAAAACGCCGCUUAAAUGCAUACGGAUAUCAUAAUUGGUGAUCAAUUUGCCGCCAACAAUAACUACUGGGUGAUGCAGUCCCCGGAACUGGACUAUCGGCACGAGCUGAUGGGACGUUUACAUAAAAUCGAGCCCGCCGAUGUUGAGCUUGAGGUUCUGGCAGCCGCCGCAGCAGCAGCCAACAACAACAACAGUAGCAGCAGCAACAACAAUAACCACAGCAGCAACAGCAGCAGCAACAACAGCAACGGCAGCCAAACACCCACCAGCAACAACAGCUUGGCAGCCGGAGGCCAUCAGCAACAUCAGUUCCACCACCACCUGCACCACCAUCACUCCCAUCAGCACCACCACCAGCACCAUCAUCUGCACCAGCACCAUUCGCACAGCCUGCAAAGUGGCGAAAGUGGUGCAUCGGAGGCGUGGCCCCACCUCACCGCCCCCUCGUACGCCAGCGAUGUUGCACACGCGCAGCAGCAGCAGCAGCAUCAACAGUCGCAGCAGCAGCAACUGCAGCCCGCCGGAUCUCCGAAUUCCAACUCAAAUGGGGCCUACGGCUGUGCACCGCUCUACGACGGAGCGCCCUACGAGGUGGCACUCGGCUAUGGCGGUGCGGUGGUUGCGUCAACGGGUGGUGCGACUUCCAGCGACAAGGAGUAUCUAUAUGAAACCAAAAACAAAGAGGCUCUGUACGCCGAUCCCCUGGACGAUCCCUACCAGCGCCCCGUGCUCUGGGACGAUAUUACUACCUCAAUCCAAAAUAUCGAUCCGGAGAAUGCGCUCAUGCUGAGCAGCAGCGGUAGCAGCGGCAACAACAAUGGCAGUAGCAACAGUGGCAAUAGCAGUGGCAACGGCGGCGAACCUGCAACAUCGCAACUGCCACAGGUCAAGAUGGAGGCGAUCGAUGAGAGCCUGCUAGAGACUUUCUCGACCCCAUUGCUCAGUCCCCUGGAGAUAAAGACCGAGAAGCAGCAGCGACAACAGCAGCACCACCAGCAUCAGCAACAGCAGCAGCAGCAACAGCAACACCAGCAGCAACAUCAGCAGCAAUACCAGCAGCAACACUAUCAGCAACAUUAUCAACAGCAGCACUUGUACCAGCAUCAUCCCAGCCUGGCGCUGCCUGGCUUGCCACCCGCUGUCGAGGUGGUGGAGUUGCAACUGCAACAGCAACAGCAGCAGCAGCAGCAACAACAGCAGCAGCAUCUGCAACACAGCAGCAGCAGUAGCAGCCCCAAGCUGGCGACCCCCGGCGACAGCAGCAGCAACACCUCCUCCUAUCAGCAACAGUACGCAUCUCAAUUGGUCGCCGGAUCGGGCGGCGGCUAUCUCAACGGUAGCAGCAGCAACUCCUACGGCUACAGCUGGCACAGCAGUCAGACCUUCCACACCAAAUACCAAAUACACCCGCCAUCAGUCGCUGCCUCAGCCACCGCCUCUGUCACUGCCACGCCCACAGCUCAACUAGGUGCUCAACAGCAACAACAACAGCAGCAGCAGCAACAACAACUGCAGCAGCUGUGUCCUCCCGCGGCGCCCAGCACCCCCUCCGCCUCCUCCUCGUCCAUCUCCUCUUCCUCCGCCUCCUCCGCCAGUCGCCAUAUGUUCGUGCCACCUUUGACCCCACCAAGCUCGGAUCCCGGAAGUCCUGGCAGCUCGAUGGUGGCAGCAGCAGCCGCUGCCGCCGCCCAACGACGCACCACCCCACCACCUCCGUAUCAGCAAGGUCACGUGAUGGGCUUACUCAACCCACCGCCUACGCUUCAACUUUUGGGUGGAGCAGUGACAGGCAGCAGCAGCAGUUGCACCACCACUCUGACCACCCUAACGCCCGCCAGUGCCAUUCAGCAGCAACAGCAACAACAACCACAGCAGCAGCAGCAGGUGCAACAGCAACAGCCACCGCCUACCCCCCGCUCUUCGGGGGGCGGGAGGCGUGGCCGGCAUUCGCACCACCAACCAGGAACGGCAGCCCACAUCGCCAGUUUGAUGAGCGUGCGAACGGUGCGGUACAAUCGCCGGAAUAAUCCCGAGUUGGAGAAGCGACGCAUCCACCACUGUGAUUUUGUGGGUUGUUCCAAAGUCUACACGAAGAGCUCCCAUCUGAAGGCCCAUCAAAGGAUACACACUGGUGAGAAGCCAUACACCUGCCAGUGGCCGGAGUGCGAGUGGAGAUUCGCCAGGUCGGAUGAGCUGACCAGACAUUACCGGAAACACACGGGAGCCAAGCCCUUCAAAUGCAUCGUCUGCGAAAGGAGCUUCGCGAGAAGCGACCACCUGGCGCUCCACAUGAAGCGCCAUUUGCCGAAGAACAAAUGAGCAAGGCCCAGGGUCAUCAUGAACCCAGCAUCAAAAUAAAAAAAUAAGAAACAAAAACAAAAACUAUACCACAAUCCAAAGGACUUUAGCGUAGAUAAAAUGAAUUCGUUUAGUUAAAAAGGUUAACUACUACAUGGUACACACACUCUACUCUAGGAACAGCUAACCAAUUGGGAGUGGGCAUGCCACUCACUUAACUCAAAGUAGGCGAAGUAGGCUAAGUAAAUGAAAUUACCACCUGC